CUCAUGGAGACAGCAUCUGAGUUUUAAGCCGAGCUGAUCGGUGAGGUUGUGGAUCCGCAGCGGGGGCUGGUGAGCUCGUGUCUGGGUCAUGUUGUGAAAAUGUCUCCUCCAGCAGCAGCAGCCUUGUUUUUAAACUUUAACCCCGGAGGCUCUGACGCGCAGGCGGCAGAGACCUGGUGGCGGCUCCGCGCACAAACUUCAGGGGGAGCAUGAGGAGCAGCUCCGCGGGAGGAGUUCGUUGUGUGGAGGGGCUGCUCCGACCUGAAAACCCCGAGAGUCUCCUUGAAUGAGGCGGCGUGUUCUCACCUCCUCCUCCUCCUCCUCCUCCACCUCCACCAGGCUGCAGGAAGAGGCUCCGAGGUCCCACCGGCGGAGGGGGACUCGGCGGAGCGACUCCAGACUUCCGUGCUGGAAGUAGGACUGUGGAGCGGACAGGCCCGCAGCUCGGGCCGCCUGCAGGGACGCGACCCGCUGCUCCUCCAGCGGGGGGACAACCAGUGAGUUUGAGUUCCAGCCUCCUUCCGUGACUCCAGAGAAAGUUGAGAAAAGAAACCCAGAGUUUAUGGCCACUUGAGUGCGCAAUUACGCACGCCUACCUAGCCUGCACACGCGCUCCCUUUGUUGUGGAGCGGACUCUCAGCUGAAAGUGACAUUCUGCCUCCAGCUGUGGUUGAUCCAGCUGUUGUCCAGGUGGGUGUAUGAGGAUGGUGGAGAGCCGCAGCUGUGUCCAGAGGGAGGGGGUGUACCGCUGGUUCUCCUCCCUCACCUCAGCCCAGAGAGCCGAGUUACUGUGCGGACUGCUGGACCUCUGCGUGCCCAUCGAGCUGCGCUUCCUCGGCUCCUGCCUGGAGGACCUGGCCCGCAAGGACUACCACUCGCUCCGGGACGCGGAGAUCAGGGCCAACAACCCCGCGGACCUGUCGGGCCUCACCAACAUCACCGACGAGGUGGUGCGCAGCAAACUGCUCGUGUCCCUCGCGCUGCUCGGCUCGGACAACCGGGAGGCGGCGUGGGUCCUGUACCGGACCCUGACCCACACGGACACGGUGAUUAAUAACUAUGGGCUGGCGCUGAACGACGGGAGGACGGAGGAGCAGUUUCUGCUUCUGUUCACCAUGGCCUCCAACCACCCAGCCUUCAGCUUCCACCAGAAGCAGGUGCUGAGGCAGCAGCUCAGCCAGAUCCAGGACAUCCUGCAGAGCCAGAGCAGAGAGGCCGGCACCGCCUCAGGGUCGGGGGUCACCGCCUCAGGGUCGGGGGUCACCGUGGGACGAGGAGACCAGGCAGUCGACCUCAGCCCUCCUGUCCAAGACCUCCCCCCUCCUCCUCCUCCUCCACCACCACCUCCUCCACCUCCACCUCCACCUCCACCAUCUCCUCCUCCUCCUCCUCCUCCUCAUCUCCCCCUCUCUCUACCUGCUGGACAAGGCCUGGACGCAGCAGCAACAAAGACGCACCAGGGGAAACCAGGAAAAGUGGUGAUCGAGAGGCUGGCGCUGAGAGGAGUGACACACACGACUGAAGACACCAGGGAAUAUGUGUUCGAGGUGAGCUGGUCAGAUGGUUUUGUGUUGUCCGUUGUCCGAACUCAUCAGGAGCUGACGGAGCUGUUGUCCCAGCUGUCACAGGCGUUUCCUGAUGACGGAGUGGAGAAGCUCCUCCUUCAGUCCACAGAGCCUGAUCCCAGGUGUCUGACAGCGCUGCCCGGCCACGUCCUCCAGCACCACAGCGUCCAGCUGUUCUUCACCUCCACCAGGCCUCUCUCACCCAACUGUCCUUCCUCCCUCUCUUCCUCCUCCCCCCCUUCACCCUCCUCCCCUCCCACGGCUCCCGUGGCCCCGACCUGCCCGUUCACCUCCAGCUCCAAUCUGGGCUGUGCGCUUCAGUACCGAGGAGCUAACAGGGCGGUGUACCGAGUGGCCAGCGUCCAGCCCGUGGUCAGCAGCCACAGCUCCGUCCUGACCCGCUCCGCCCCCCACCUCUCCUCCCUGCCACCUCCUCUCCCUCCCUCCCUUCCUCCUCCCCAGCUGUCCUCCCUCUCUCCCGCUCUGCCGCCGCUGCCCUGCCAGCGCUCCAUGGCGUGCGGCGGCGGUGAUAACUCCCCCCAACACAGUCCGUCGCAAUCCUUCCCUCAACACUCCCCACACCACCUCCUCCUCCCCCAAACUGGCGCUCAGCCGGCGUCCCUCCACCAGCCGGCGUCCCUCCACCAGCCGGCGUCCCUCUCACAUUCCCUGUCCCUUCCAUACUCGCCGUCCCGCUCCCUGUCCCACGCCCAGCCGCCGCCGCCACCGCCGCCGCCGCCCGGCACCGCGGAGCAGAACGGGAUCCUGGACUGGCUCCGCAAGCUGCGGCUCCAUAAGUACUACCCCGUGUUCAAACAGCUCACCAUGGAGGAGUUCUUGGCGCUGACAGAGGAGGAUCUGAACAAGUACGACUUGACCCAGGGAGCGAAGAAGAAACUGAAGACGCAGCUGGAGCUUCAAAACAGGGAGAUGAAAAUGGAGAAGCGUUCCUGCAGGGUGACGCCCUCCAGUCACAUGGGACCCUCCACACACAUCUCCACCUCAGGAGAGCUGCGUGUGGAGGUGGAGGCUGCGUCGCACCAUCACCCCGUCUCCACGGACAGCAGCUCCUCCUCGGGCUACUCCAGCUCCUCCUGCUCCCCCCGGACGCCGCACUGCUGCGACUCCUCCUUCGACAGGAGCAGGGACAUUCACCGGCGAGUGUCGGGUCCAGACGGCGGGGGGGGAGCCCCGGAGAAGGACCGGUCCUGCCUCUUCCUCCUGAGCUCCAGCUGUCCCUCAGGCUCCAGUCGUCCCACGGCCCAGGUCCUUCCCGUCCAGACUGAUCCAGCUCCUCCCCACCCUCCCUCCUGCUCCCCCCACCUCCCCUUCGGCCUCCCACAGUCUCCCUACCACCCGCAGGCCAGCUACCCACAGACCCUCCUCUGCCCGGUCUCGAACACGGCACGCAUCCUGACCUCCCCACGCAAGCCCCGGCCCCCCCCGCUGUGCACGGAGGACCGGAUGAAGCCGCUGGGCUCGGGUCUGCCAGCGGCGGCGGGGGGGUUCAGUCCGGGGCUCGGCGGGGGGGUGAGGCUGGAGAACCUGUUCCCCGGGCUGAGCGUGGACGGCUCGUCUUCCCUCCAGGACGCGGCGGUCUGUCGCAGCCUGGGGGGGGGCGCCGUGGGGCUGAUGGUCGAAACCAGCUCCGCUCUGACCUCCACCUCCAACAGCCUCCACCACGUCUCCCACCCCCCGCUCCACUUCCACCUGUCAUCCUCCUCAUCCCCCUCUCCGUCUGGAUACUACUCCUAUCCUCCGUCUUCCUCUUCUUCCUCCUUCUCUUCUUACUCCACCUCCUCCUGUCCCUCCACAAAGACCGGCUCACUGUCUGGGAGUUUGGGUGGUGGCUUUGCUUCCAUGGCCAGCAGCAGUGUUCCUGUGGCCGCGGUGCCCGGCCACACGUACUACCCUGCCCCGCCGACCUCCAGUCCCUCCCCUUCACCGUCCUCUGCCUCCUCAUUGGAUCAGAACUCAGGCCACACCCCUUCCGUGUGUGUUUGCAGCUCCUGUGGCUGUCGGGGGAACUGCGGCGCCUACGGAGCGGUGCCCGGGUACCACACGGCCGGCUACCUGCAGCCCUUCUCAGCCGGCCCCUCCCUCUUCACCCUGGGUCCUCUGCUCCACCUCAGCCCCCUGCUGGCCUCGCCCGGCGCCACCGGCUCCACGCCCUUCUCCUACCCGAUGAUGAUGCCUCCGCCCCUCUACCGCCACAGCCCUGUGUCACAUGACCAGCAGCAGGGCUUUGGCUUCUACCAGCCCCAUGGCAUCAUGGGAAACGGAGGCCAGAAGCGGGCGGGGGGGAGCCUGUCGUGUUAUAACUGUGGAGCUAACGGCCACAGAGCAGAGGACUGCAAACAGCCGCCCAUGGAUUCAGUGCAGCAAGGGACAUUUCGAUUGAAGUACACCCCUCGCUCAGACAGUAAGGACUCGGGGGACUAACCAGCAGCUGGGAUCUGAACCAUCGUCCUCCAGAGACACCUGAACCUCGUGCUCCUGCUGAGACAGAGAAAAAGGGACGUGCACUCAGACGGCCUGCGUCCACCAGCCUGUUCACAGACUGACAGCAGAGACCUCUUUCAUCCUCUUGAAUUCCUCUGCAGCAGAUAAGAGAGACGAGAGCAGGAUGGAGCCUUUGUAAUCGGAUUACUCCUCCUCCCUCCUCAGAUCUCCUCAGAUACAAAGGUCCCAAGGGGAGGUGGGAUUUGUAAACUCUGCCACGCUUCAUUUCAGAGACUGAACUCUGACUCAUCCACAGAGGAAACAGACAAUCAGACACGUGACCUGUGGCGAGGAUUCAUCCAGAGAGAGUCUCAGAUUGAUCACUGAGCUCAGGUUCACAAACCAAAGGCUCAGCACUGCAGCUUCCUGGUGACGUCCUGCAAACUACUUGUUCUAAAUCACAAAACUCAGUUAAAAGGUUUCAUCUUCUAGUCUAGAGACAGACUGGUUACUGUGGGAAUCUACCAGUGACGUGCCUCUGGUACAGCUCAGCUUUAAAACCUGGAUUCUUCUGUACGUCGUUUGAUUUUCCUGAAUUACUCAUGGACCUUCAAAGCUGUGUCUCACUGCCACACUACACACUAAUUAUAUGAUAUAGUGUAUUCUACUUUCACCAGUUAUAUGAGAGGUCAAUAUACAUAACUGUUUUAAAUGGUAAACGGCCUGUAUUUAUAUAGAUCUUGAAUAGUCUUGAUCACCACUCAAAGUGCUUUACAGUACAGUUUUUUGCCUUUCACACAUUCACACACACAUUCAUAUUGUGCAUCUAUGGGCAGCACUUUACCUAUGAGGGGUCCAGUGUCCCCCCCCCCUCGGCCACAGUAAACAGUAGAUGAUGCAAAACAUGCAAAGACGAUCAAACAGCCACUUUAAAACUGCACUGUCCAUUUCACUUGAUAGAAGCAGCUACAUUUUGUUAUUAAUUAAAAUUUUCUGCAGGUUAUUUACAGCAUCAAAGACAAAUUAAUUCCUAAAUUAACAGUGAUUCCAAAUAUGUCGUUAUCAAACCCUUCUGACACAGAAAUGUACAUGGAGACAAGAUAUUUUACAGUUUCACCAAAAACACACAAAAACAACCAAACAUAUAGAACUAGAAGCAAGAAAAUAAAAAAAUUGAUGUCAAAUAUAAAACCAAACACUUUCUGCAUCGUUUACAUUUUGCAAACACAGAC